AUGGGCGAGGGACGACAACAGCAUGUAUUGAUAUCAGCAUCAGCAUCAGCGCAGGACAAGAAAGAAAAGAAAGAAAAGAAAGAUGCUGGUUUUGGAAUGAAGCGUGGUUUCCUGCUGGACAAGCCCAAGAAGAAAAAGACAAAGACUACUGUGAAGAAAGCAACGGCAAUCCCGUCGUCGAGUGCCGCAUUGUUGGAUUUGGAGGAAGCGUUUCUUCAAGUUGUUGCAUCCGCAGCAAACGACGACAACCACCACAAUGAUACUUCCACGCUUCCUUCCACGCUUCAAUCCACGCUUCUUCCGGUGCUCCAACAUGACCUUGAGAAUGCAGAAUCCUCCUCCAUGGAACUGGUGGAAGUGGACUCCCAUGCCACGCGACACUCAAUAUCAGUAAAAGAAAAAGAGACAUCGCCUACAUUUCUGGAAUGGCAAAAAGACUUGGAUCGAACUCUCUGGUCGCUCCGACGACGACGCCAACCACGACGACAAUGGCAGAGUGUGGCACACGCAUUUUGUGAAUCGCUCGAUACAACAGCAUUCUACCACACUGUGUGUUGGGACAUUCUCCUCGACCAACCGGAAUUGGCGGAACGGCGUCUGGGAUGGGCGUUGCUUCAGACUUGCAAUGCGUGGGACAGCUUUGUCUCGUACUUAUUAUUAUUGCCGUCGCAUGAGGAUCGCCGACGGACCUUGGGAGCCGUCGUCAUUUUGGAAUUUUUUGCCAGUCAGGACAUGACACCACCACCACUCCACUUGAUCCAGGCCAUACAAUUGCUGGGACAGAUCGUCACCACCACCACUACUACGACGCGGACCGUGUUGGUACAACAGUGUCUAGUGACAAUCUACAAAUUGGUCACUGUCUUGGCAUCUACCACAGCAGUCACAACAGGUACAUCCAGCAUUACACAACAACAAGUCUGGGAUCUGUCUGCACAAGUGCUCGUGCCGGUAUGGGAUCGCCACUUGGCAUGGACCAUGCCGCCAACAUCAUUGUUGUUGUCCAACAACAUUGACAAUGACACUGCUGGACAACGAGUGGCGGCUCGCAAACAAUGUACCAGUCUCGUAUUGCAGAGCUGGAAACAGUCGUUUAUUGAGUUGCAACAACAAAACGACAUCGACAAUAUGAAUACAACGGAGGUGCAUUCCACGUGGUGCCAGCACCUCCGGGGAAUACCAGAUCGUCUGGGAAUUCAUGGUACGAUUAUUGGCAGUCUUGGUCAAACGCUGUGCCGUGACGAAAUAAUGACAUUGGAGGAUGUUCGGGCAUUGAUAUUGGGGGAAAUGACGACAAUACACAAAAUCCACAACGACAGCCAUGUCAUUCUGGCGAUUCUGCGCAGUGUCGUUGCAUGGUUGGGGAGCAGCAAAAAGAAUUGCCUUGGUUGGCAGGACCCACAAGAAAUUGUGGAGCUCAUGAGCAGAAUCAUGUAUCACGCGUCGUUGGAUUCCAUUGUGCCACUGGCCAUGCACAUUUUGAACAUGUCGUGGCUAGAGUCAUCUGGGGUACCAUUCGUACCUCCCGAUGUGGUGGCCUUUCACGAAAACAACGGCACCGGUGACGGUAGUGUAAACGAGGAGGACGAUCCACAACAGAUUCCAGAAUCUUUACGGUUCUGGAUACAAUUGCUUGUUGGGCAAGAUCCAACCGCCCAGCAAGACGACGCACCACAACAACAACAACAACCAGCCGAUACACCAUCCAACAACUCGACUCCGAACGAAACCGCCAUUCAGCAACUCGCCGAACUCGUGGCAACGUCCAUCCACUAUUAUAUCAGUAUGGACUUUCCAGAUUCGGCCCAAGCAAUCAUCCGAUACAUGGUGGCUCAAAAUAAUAAUGCCAAUGACACGAUGAUGAAACCUUCCACGGUGCAAGUUCUUUUCCUGUUCUUGAAAAAGACUGGCGACAAUAUUCAAUCAGAUGAUGGUGCACCGAAACGACAAAGUCUGCUGGAUUAUGUGGCGUGCGACCUGCUCUUGGACAACUUUCACACCAACCCAACCGUUCCAAUUUGCCUCGGUCGUGCCAACGACGACAAUGUGGAUCUGUUUGUGGGUUGCUCCGUUCGUCUUGUCGUUUCCAGACAGAUCCGACUACUGCUGUCAUUAAAAGACAGUACUCUGGACAAUAACAAUUCGCCACAGCAAUCCUCGCUGUUGCUGCUCUCCCUCUUGACCACUUCUCUGUGGAGGAGCCUUCGUUGUGGCAACGAAAAGACUCUGGUGGAAACCGUGAUUUCUUCUUCCACCAGUGCGUCACAAGCUACAGCAAUCGUGACUCGGGUGGGCGAGGCGUGGAUGCACUCGCUGUGGGAUGUCGAUAACUCUGACGAUGCUAAAGCCUUGGGGAUAGUGCUAUCUGCUGUUGGGAGUUCCAUGUUCCAGCAUCCAUCGAGCACUGUCCCGUUGGCUCUGUUGGGCGCACUUUUGGGAGAUGGUAGCAAGUUCGAUAAUGACCGCAGCAAUCUAGUAGGUCCUAAUUCAAGCAGCACAAGGAAGGAAGUUGUGUGGAAUGCGGCCAUGUCCAUGAUCCAAACCGCAGUGUCCCAACUCGAUUCCAUUUGUCGCGUAGUAGAGCCGAUUGGAGAUGCAAGUUCAAGCCCUACGAAAGGGUCCGAAAUCUUUGGUCGUCUGGCUCCCCUUUUGCUGUUGCGACGGGCGCCACCAAAGCUCUUCCAUGGAGCCUACCUGUCAACGGCGGAUGAUUCACACAAUCAGGAAGAAAUGAACGGGCUGCUCAAGAACCUUGCAGACCACCUUGCUGCUAGACUGGAUAUCACAGGAGCAUCGACAACGAAUGGCAAAGAAUCCGAUGGCUUUGUGGCUGAGGAGCGUCAGAUGGCUGCGGAAGUCGCCGGUAGAUGCCUUCCCUUCCACGAGAACAAGGCGGGGUUCUCUUUUGGUGGAGCUUCUUGUUUUGAACGCAUUUGUCUUCCUGCAUUCUUGGGAGUCCUGGAUUUUUCCAAAGGAGAUGCUGCGCUUUCCGAGAAUGAAGGCAAGAGCAGAAUCCGGCGAGCCAGAGCGGCGCUGUACGCGGCAUGCCACUUUGUGCCGCUUUCCUCCAGUCUCGACAUUGAAUGUGUCGGCGAAGCGCUUGUCUCAACAGCCUCCUUUUGCCUGCAUAUCUUGAAUGCGGACCAAGACGCCUUGGAAUCCUCCAACCUUGAGAAGGAUUUUUUGCAGCUACAGACUGGUUGCAUCGAGUUCUUUGCCAUAUGCGUGGAAACAAGGCAAAGCCUGCAAAUGCAAGCGAAGCCUCAAGAGAAUGAAAGCUGCAAUCACAUUGAGCAGUUCUUGCAAGACAUCUUCCAGGCUUUGUUAGAGAUUGCCCAAACGGGGAUGCUCAAGAGAACAGAUCGAUUGGGAAAGGGACCACUAGCACAGUCAACCACCAAGCGUUUUUCCACGCCGUGUAUCACCUGUCUCUGGAACUCGCUCAUCGUGGCAGCUCAAAGAUGCUCGGAAGACGGUGGUCGCCUGCAACUUCUUGCGGAAACUAUUCUCCCCCCUCUGGUUUGCUGGGGAAAGACCAAUGACGCCCAUUUUUCUUCUGCAGAUAGAGCGGAACUGCACCCACUUUGUCUCACGGCUGCCUUACAAUUGGCGUUCAUCCUCGUCACACGGAGCAAAUCCUUCGGAGGGCUUCCAGCUACCACGGUGUCGUCAGGAGCUAGCGUACAGGCACUGUUCCGAUGGUCCCUCCUCGCAACUCAAUCCGCUAAAGGAAGUGAUGAUUAUGCAAACACUGGUCUUUGCUGCGCUGGUUUGAAGGUUAUUCUUGCGGUCGUCACCAUUUGCUAUACUGAAGGGCAUGAUGGUUCAGCUCCGGCUCUCCUCCUGAGUGAAAAGGAUCAAGCUGAAAUACUGAAAACCAUGGAACAGAUUGCGACGCAAGAUCGGGAUCAAAAAGUUCGUGUUCUCGCAACUCAUGUGCUUUCUGCCUUUGUCGGGCGAUAG